AUGUCCCAGACCAGCAGCAAUCCCGAGUAUGCUUUUUUUUUGGCGGUCAUUGGUGCCUCAGCCACCAUGGUCUUCAGUGCCCUGGGUGCCGCCUAUGGCACAGCCAAGAGCAGCACUAGCAUCGCUGCUAUGUCUAUCAUGUGGCCGGAACUGGUCAUGAAAUCCAUCAUCCCAGUGGUCAUGGCUGGCAUCAUCACCAUCUAUGGCCUGGCAGUGGCAGUCCUUAUCGUCAACUCCCUGGAUGAUGGCAUCAGCCUCCAGCUGGGCACUGGCCUGAUUGUGGGCCUGAGUGGCCUGGCAGCCAGCUUUGCCAUCGGCAUUGUGGGGGACACCAGUGUGCAGGGCACCACCCAGCUGCCCCGACUAUUUGUGGGCAUGAUCCUGAUCCUCAUUUUCACCGAGGUGCUCGGCCUCUAUGGUCUCAUCGUGGCCCUCAUCCUCUCCACAAAGUAACCCCUCUCAAUCCCACCAGCCACAGAAUAUGAUGUAAAGACCACCACCUCCUCAU